AUGACAUCCAUGGAACCAGCAGACACAAGCAUCAGGUCAUUAAACGACAUCAACUUACAAGAACUUGCCAACAAACAACAUCAACGAAAUAUAUAUGCUCAAGGAUCACCUACACUAGAAGAUUCAAUAACAUCAAAUGGUAAUGAUAUUAAUAAUCCCAACAAUAAUAUAAAUAAAACCAAUAAUAACAGUAAUUCAAGUCUUUCCUUGACCAAGAAAACAUCAAGACAUAUCAAUAAAGACACUACAACUAAAGGCAAAUAUACAUUAAAUGAUUUUCAAAUAUUACGAACAUUAGGAACAGGUUCCUUUGGUAGAGUUCAUUUAACUCGAUCGAUUCAUAAUGGUAGAUUUUAUGCUAUGAAAGUAUUAAAGAAACAACGAGUAGUACAAAUGAAACAAAUCGAACAUACUAAUGAUGAAAGAAGAAUGUUAAAAUUAGCUCAACAUCCAUUUAUAAUUCGAAUGUGGGGGACAUUCCAAGAUUGUCAUAAUUUAUUUAUGAUUAUGGAUUAUAUAGAAGGAGGUGAAUUAUUUUCAUUAUUAAGAAAAUCCCAACGAUUCCCUACUCCAGUAGCUAAAUUUUAUGCUGCCGAAGUAUUUUUGGCUAUUGAAUAUUUACACAGUUUAGACAUUAUUUAUCGAGAUUUAAAACCAGAAAAUAUAUUAUUGGAUAAAAAUGGUCAUAUCAAAUUAACUGAUUUUGGAUUUGCUAAAGAAGUUCAAGAUGUGACUUAUACUUUAUGUGGGACUCCAGAUUAUAUUGCUCCUGAAGUGGUGGCAACAAAACCUUAUAAUAAAUCAGUUGAUUGGUGGUCAUUUGGUAUAUUAAUAUUUGAAAUGUUAACUGGUUAUACUCCAUUCUAUGAUCCUACUCCAAUGAAAACUUAUGAAAACAUUUUAAAUGGAUCAAUUACUUAUCCUGAUUAUUUACCUCCAGAUAUAUUGGAUCUUCUACAAAAAUUAAUUGUCAAAGAUUUAACUCAAAGAUUAGGUAAUUUACAAGGUGGUUCUGAUGAUGUGAAAAAUCAUCCGUGGUUUAAAGAAGUUAUUUGGGAAAGAUUGUUGUCACGUGAUAUAGAAACUCCAUAUGAACCACCUAUAACUUCUGGUGUUGGUGAUACUUCACAAUUUGAUCGAUACCCAGAAGAUAAAGAUUUGGAUUAUGGUAUAAGUGGAGUUGAAGACCCAUAUCGUGAUCAAUUCCAGGACUUUUAA